CGGGGGCGGCGCAGACCUGCUACAUGUAAUCCGGGGGCACGGGCCAGCAGUCGGUAGUUGCAGAGGUGACAGCAGAGCCAUGAAUCCCGAUCUGAGCAAGGAGAGGGCCACCGCCACCUUUAACCCCGAGAUCGUCACCCACAUCCUGGAUGGGAGCCCCGAGAAGACCCGCAGGAGGAGAGAAAUUGAAAGCCUGGUGCUCAAUGACCCAGCCUUCCAGCACGAGGACCCGAACUUCUUGUCCCGCAGUGAGCGCUAUGAGUUGGCCCUCAAGAAGAGCGCCCUGAUGGUCCAGAGGAUACGGGAGUAUGGAAUCUCAAACCCUGAGGAGAUCAUGUGGUUCAAGAGACUGGGCGUGGGCUCUCAGACGGAUCCCUUGAACUUACAUUUCGGCAUGUUUUAUGUGAUGCUGGGAAAUCAGGGCACUGAAUCACAGCGCGAGAAGUGGCUGCCUCUUGCCCUCAGACUACAAGCCAUUGGCACCUAUGCACAGACCGAGCUUGGGCAUGGAACGCAUCUGAGAGGGCUGGAGACAACAGCCACCUAUGACCCAUCUACGCAGGAGUUCAUUCUGAACAGCCCCACUGUGUCCUCCAUCAAGUGGUGGCCUGGAGGGUUGGGUAAGACCUCAAACCAUGCUGCGGUUCUGGCCCAGCUCUACACACAAGGAGAAUGCAAGGGUCUUCAUGCCUUUAUUGUUCCCCUUCGUCGCCUGGAUACCCACGAGCCUUUGCCAGGUAUAACUGUUGGAGAUAUUGGACCCAAGUUUGGAUUUGAUGAAACGGAUAAUGGAUUCUUGAAAUUCGACAAAGUCCGCAUUCCGCGGGAGAACAUGCUGAUGAAAUAUGCCCAGGUGGAACCAGAUGGCACAUACGUGAAACCACUUAGUGAUAAGCUGACCUAUGGUACCAUGGUAUUUAUCCGCUCUGUGAUCGUUGGGGACUCUGCUCGCAGCCUGUCCAAGGCUUGUACUAUUGCUAUCCGCUACAGUGCUGUACGACAUCAAUCUGAGAUCAGACCUGGGGAGCCUGAGCCACAGAUCCUGGACUUCCAGACCCAGCAAUACAAGUUGUUCCCCCUUUUAGCCACAUCCUAUGCGUUCAGCUUUGCAGGCGCUUACGUGGGCGAGAUGUACCACAGAAUAUCAGGGGACAUCCAGACGGGGAACCUGAAUGAACUUCCAGAGCUUCAUGCCCUAGCUGCCGGCUUGAAAGCCUUUACUACGUGGGUUGCAGCAAGUGGCAUAGAAGAGUGCAGGAUGGCAUGUGGAGGGCAUGGAUACUCUCGCAGCAGUGGCAUCCCAGACAUUUAUGUGACCUUUUCUCCAGCAUGUACCUAUGAGGGGGAGAACACCGUGAUGAUGCUGCAGACGGCCAGGUUCCUGUUCAAAAGCUACACUGCAGCUUUGUCUGGAGAACAUCUUGAGGGAAUGGUCUCCUACCUUAAUGAUGUGUCCUUGCAGCGUGUGCAGGCUCAGCCCCUGGCUGGGCGGUCUGUGGUGAAAGACAUCAAUGACCUCAGAAGUCUGGAAGAAGCCUAUAAACAACGGGCUGCUUGGCUAGUUGUGGCUGCAUCCAGAAAUGUCCAGAAUGAUCUAAAACGUGGAAAGCGUAAAGAAGAUGCAUGGAACAAAAACUCUGUGGAUCUGGUCCGGGCUUCUGAUGCACACUGUCAUUAUGUAGUAGUCAAACUUUUUGUGGACAAGCUGUCUGAGGUCCAGGAUUUGGCUGCUCACCGGAUCUUGAGUUCACUCUGUCUCCUCUAUGCUCUGCAUGGAAUCGGCAAAAAUACUGGAGACUUUCUGCAGGCUGGCCUCCUGACAACUUCCCAGUUGGAGCAGAUACAGCAGCGGAUUAAGGAUUUGUUAGGGGUAAUUAGGCCUAAUGCAGUAGUUCUGGUGGAUGCAUUUGAUCAUUCAGAUACUCAUCUGGGCUCUAUACUCGGGAGAUAUGAUGGCAACGUGUAUGAAAAUUUGUUUGAAUGGGCAAAGAAAUCGCCCCUGAAUAAGACUCAGGUUCAUGAAUCUUUCCACAAAUAUCUGAAACCUCUUCAGUCCAAGCUGUGAUCAUCUCCUUACGGUGAAUAGAAGCAGGACCAGCUCGAUUCUUUUAUUUUUUUAGUUGAUUACCUCAGAAUUGUUAGGAGGAGCAAGUCUAUGGAACAGUACAGAUUGUCAGUAAAUUUCCCCUUGGACUACUCAUGUGCUAACAGUCCCUCUGCUGAACGCCCCCAUCCUUAAAUCACUAUGGCGUGCGUACAUCUUGAUGACACCUUCUUCCCCCUCCUUCCAGGAUGCCAGCUUGGAGUUAACAAAGUCUUCUACCAAUGAGGCGUUUAUUAUAUUUUAUGGCGGUUUUAUUCUUGAAUUAAUUUGUCAGAUCUUUCUAGAACUUGCUGACUGUUUUGGCUAGUAAUUACCGUAAUCUUACCCUGUAUUGUCCAUUUAAUAAGCUGCAGGGAUAAGAGAAGAUGAUUGCCAGUAACACAAUAAUGUACGUACCUCACAAUGUAUAUUAAUUUCUUAUUUGUUUUUAUUUUAUUAAAUGGGUGGCAGAGUGA